AUGGUCGGCGACCAGCACCACACCACGCUGCCUGCCCAAAAAACCAAAAGACCUCACUACCAACGGGCUCCCAGAGCAAACAAGCUUGGCUUUAUCAACAUCUGCCAACCUGCCUCGUCGUUGACGGACACGAUUGCUCCCCUCGCGCCCUUGUACUGCGUCUUGCGCUCCGCCCGACGCAAGUCUGGGGGCAAGCCAACCUUGAUCAUCACCCUGUCUGUCCCGUCCUCCAUCCUACGCGAAGCCAUCGGCCACGACGCGACCAAGCCCGAGUCGCCCGCCACCGCCAGCGACCAAAAGGACUCGAGCGACGCCAAGGAGUCGCCGUCCACGCCGGUCCCUGCUGCCAAUGGCAGUGCCGAAACCGCAUCCGACUCGAAUGCUGCUACACCCGCCGCCGAAGGCACACCCGCACCGUCUGCCAUGGGACCUCCCAUCGACGGCAGGAAGAAGGGCGUCAAGCGAGGCGCCACGGCGACCGGGGAUGGACUGGCCAAGAUCCGCGGCAAGCCAGGUCCCAAGAAGAAGCCACGUCUAGAGGACGGUUCCAUUGACCACGCAGCCGUGCGCGCCAACGCUGCCGCCCACAAACUCGGUCCCAAGGCGAACCAGGGCGCCAUCAACGCCGGCCUACGCGCCCUCGACCGAUCGGGCAAGCCAUGCCGCAAAUGGGCCAAGGGCAACUUCAAUCUCAAGAGCUUCACAGGCGUUAUCUGGGAGAUUAAUCGCUGGACCGCACCCCCCAAGCCCAACGGUGCCGAGGCCGACUCUGAGGCCACACCGGCUGACUCUGCCGACAGCAGCAACAAGGAGAACAAAGAAAAUGGUCAGGAGAACAACAGCACCGCGCCCAGCAAUGGUGGUGGUGACGUGGAAAUGCAAAGCCUUCCCAGCGUCCACGCCUCAUCACCCGCGCCUGCUCCUAUCGCCGCCGCUUCGUAG